AUGGUUGUUGCAGAUAAGAUUGGCGAGUCAGGGUGCUUGAUACAUUGGUGUUGUCGAGAAGUUGAAGCUGGGGAUGACCUCCACGCUUAUGCUCAGAAAUCCGUAUUCAGACUCCGUGGUUACGGGCACAGGAGGGCCGGCCCUGGAGUUAACUUAGUUAACCUAGUUGACGCCCUGUCUAUUCGAGAGAACCGUCGCAAGGGAUAUGUAUGGAUGCCAGCGCGGACCAGCCGGAUCCAUGAUAUCACCAUCACCACGCCCACACCCGUCUAUCGUCGUCAGCCUUUCUUCAGCGCCUGCUUCCUUUUUCCUGGUCUCAUCUCCAGCAGCAGGCUUGCCCAAUCCAUGGACAGACGUCUAACCGGCCCAAUCACCAAGCAAGAGAUGCAAGGGAACAUCCCCGCGGAGCCGCGAGCUGGUAGCCGUAACUGGACAUCCAUACCUCUGGUGAGCUAUACAUACCUCCCACAUCCCUGGCGGAAAUCCAUCCCGCCAUACCGGCGCCCGUCCUUCUGGCGUGUGGCUAUCCAUCCCAUCCCCCCAUCACCCCUAGCCCUGGCCCUGACGAAGGCUGCUGGCGCAGGGACUCAGGCCCCUUCUGGAGAUCUCCUUGUCUCCCCCAGCCUGCGCUACGAUAUGUACCUGUACAACAUCGAGGUCCCUGUGCGAAGUUCGCUGCAUUAUCUGGUUGAAGGCAGCGAGCGAACAAGCAAAUAUGAUGUAUCACGAAGAUCCGAUCUUCAUCGCCGUGCUCCCUAG